AUGAACAAUGAACUGUGGACGUUUUCUUUCGAUCAACCAGCUAGUCUACCUAGUCCAUCUAAGGCGUACAAUUUAACAGAGACAUCUACAGGUCUGUUUUUGGCAUCGACUUUAGUAACUUCUGCUGGAUCGGGGCUUGAUAGUAGUGCUUCUACUGGUGUGGGAUCUCGUGCUGCCAGUUCGGUUGGCAAUGUUGGUGUCAGUAUGGGAGCAUCUCCUGGGGUCGGUGUGGGUGUAGUAGGGGUCGGGGUAGUUGGUGAUGGUGUGGACGUGAAUAAUGGAGUUGGAAUUGCUGGUGGUAUUGGUAGUGCUAUUAGUAAUGCUAUGGGUAAUGCAAUAGGUCAGAGCCCAAACUCUGCGAAUGGCAUCUCCAUGUCUCCUAUGCCAGUACCUGUGUCAACAUUAUCAAGCAUAUCCAAUACUGCAACAACACCUGGUGCUUAUCUACCCUUUAUAUCUGCCAUUAGAUCUUUGGUAUGUGCCAACUUAUCAUCGCCCACUCUAUUUUUGCCAUUCGGUCAGUCGCUGCUGUCAGUUAAUGGCCAAAAAUUGCUACAUAUCGACCCAAUUUUGACUCCCAUGGGUGAACUAAUAAUAAAAGAGUACUGCGAGCAGGUCCCCUUGAUUCCACUGAAGGAGUUCAAGGGAUACAUUCAAGCAGAUAACAAUACCUUGAUGUCUUCUCCUCUUCAUGUGUACUUAGCUCCAUCGGCACUUUCUGGACUUGUGAUUGAAAAGUCAUUGAAAGCUCCAACCAGUGCCAAUAUUAGUCAAUUUCUUUCACUGCUUGAAUUGGCCACUAAUGCCGACUUUGCAUCUUCUGAAAAGUAUCCAUUUAAAGAAUGGGUCAAAAUACGCCUGGCUAGCUCGAACAAGGAUGUGAUCUGGCCGGCUGACCUGUGCUUCACAAUUAUCACAAAAAAUAACGGCUUAGAACAAAGUGAUAUGGACUGGACACGGAAUGAGUUUAUUUUCGACGAAGCUGAAACUCAGAUCGAGACGUCGAAAUCUGCUCUAGCAAAGCCUCACUUGUCCAAUAAUUCAGCUAAUCCGCAAAUCAGCAGCACUGGGUCUCAACCGGGUCAGAAUAAUAACCGUCAACAGUCCAACUCGUUAAUGCAUAGGACUAAUCUGGCCUUGUCUUCUGAGGGCGAGUUGAAGGGUAGCAUGUCAAACGUAUAUCCAACACCGCCUGAUCCGCAGGGAAGGCUCGAAAGACCCAACACUAAUUUUGCAUCAACAUCCGAUUCCAAUGCCAAUAACGAAACAAAUUGGGUAACUCCUGGAGCUACUGUGCCGAACGAGACAUGGGGAGAUCUCGACGAGGAGUUAUUCGGCGAUGAUCAAGAGAUUACUGAGGCUGAUUUCAACUUUUUCGACCAACCUGAAGAGCAUGAAAUGGUAAGCAGCGCCAUGCAGGUUGAUGAUGGUAAUAUUUCUGUUACUCCCUUAAAGUCGGAGCUGGCAAAUGACAAUGCUAUGUCCCAAAAACCACCCGAAGCUGAUGUCGAAAUGACUCUGGAGCCAAAUAUUCGUGAGAAAUAUAAUGACGAUCAAUCAAAAAGCGUAGUCCCUCAAGUAAAGAUAGAAUCGGACAGCUCACAGGAAUCGGCCCCAGCUAAAAGAGAACCGCGGGUAAAAAUAGAGGAACCGAGACUCACGAAGAAUUCCAUAAUAAACGAAAGGGAUUUUCACAAAGAGGUGAAGUUAGAUUUUCCUUCCGUCGAGGGCCCUCCUUCCAAGCGUCGUAAAAGUGUAUUUGCGGCUUUAAACUUCAAUACUCUCAUAUCUAGUGGCUUGGAUGCUAAGUAUCAUGCUGGAGGGCGGUUUUACGUACCGGAUCCUGAUGCCAGCAACGAUGAUGAUAUGUCUUCUGAUUCUGAUUCAGAUAUCAGUAAUGGUGGGCCCGCCGACAAUCCUGAGAAUACUGGUAGUUUAGAUGGCAAGAUCGCAACGCCAGAAUCUAGACAAAUGACUAGUAUUAGUGGAAAUCUGGCCAAUGGCGACCAUCUGCUGGACUAUACAUCGAGCUGGUUACACCUGAUGGCUCAGUCACUAGUGGUUAACAACAUCAGCCAAAGAACUGGAUAUGGUGUAAAAUUAGCCCGCCUGGGUGAUGAUACGAAGCUGCCUACGCUACUGGAGCAAAUUGUAUGGGAUAGUGGAAUGUUUAGUGAAUUGGUAAACCCUCCUCCUACUUUAGAGGUUCCAGAUACAACCGUUGUGCGGAAAACCCUGGCACUGUUUCCCAGUCUCAGUAACAUUACAUUAGCUGAUCUGAUGCACAUGUCUAAUACUCUCAGCAGUCCAAACAGCACCACUGCUGAUUUAAAAGGUGGUAAUGGAGGAGGUGUGGCAAUGGGCAAUGAUGUCAAAUCUCCACAUCCUCAGGACCAAAGUUUGCGGAACGAUCAGAAACGACAAGACAUGAUUGGAGCGAGUAAAAUGGGACCUGUUUCCGGUGCUACUAAUAGUAACAGCAAUCAUCAUGCUCGUGCGGAAGCGCUUAGUAAGUUGAUUCCAAAUGAAGCAUUCCCUAUAUCUCCACCUUUAUUUUCGAUACGUCGACUCAAUCAACCUAUGAAAGCUCGAGCUCCAAUCUUGAGGUUUUGGAAAAUAUUCGGUCUCAAUCCCAAGCAUGGAGCAAAAGAUAUUAUUUUGCUAAUGCUUUGUCCAGCUGGUAACGGCAUAAUUCACGCCUGUCAGGCAUACAACGACUUCUUUCGGAACACCUACGAAGGAUGUGGCCUAGGAAAUGUAGAACUCGGCGAGUUUUCUAAUUAUCGCGACGGAAUUAUACCAGUGCUAAACUCGGGAGAUGAUGCCACGUUUUACUCUGCUAUAUCAGAAAUAGACAGUCUUGCUGAAUCCGUGACUGACAAAACCGUGGUUAUACUUACCGCGUGUAGAACAAAUGACACAGCCAUGAUCAUCUCGGUUAACAAUGCUAUUUUCAACCUGAGACAAAGGAACGGGGUGGUUUGGCAGGCAAUAGACCUGGAAAAGAUAGCUCAAGAAGACACGAUUGUUGUACCCUCUCAAUCUAGUACUGUAAAACUGGCACUGGUUAUAUAUGACAAGUGUUUAGACUAUUCCAUUGGCAGCAGUCGAUUUUUAUGCAGAACAGCACCUUCUUUUACAUUAUCAAGGAUGCCUCCGCCAAAAAUCAGUUUCAAGCUCACCACAGAUCCACCCAGCAAUUUGAUGGAUGAAGAUUCCCUGUUGCACGUAAGUUAUGCCCUGUCUCAAGACGGAAGAUGGGUUUCCGUUGCGUGGUCCGACCAAUGGGGCGUAAUAUCAAUGGUCGAUGCUAUUUGUUUAAAACGACCUGGAUCAAGGUUGAGAGGUUUAGAAGAAGUUUGUGCUGAGAUCUGGGAUAAGACAAUCUCCAUCGCUAACAGUCGAUCAAUCCAUUGGCGUGUAAUUCUUGCCAAGGUGGGAACAAAAAUGGAUGGCAAGGAACUCAACAUGUGGCUAAGACUUUCUGAAUCAACGAGCGGAAGUAAUAAUAAUAAUGGUAAUGGUAACGGUAAUAAUAACAGCAACAACAGUGGUAGCGGCACUGGGGCUAACAUUCCUCAUAGCUCUCAUGGUUCUCCCUCAGCUGCUGUCAGCAACUCUAGCUCUAGGAAUAGCAAUAUCAGCUUCCUGUAUGUUGUGUCUGUCUAUUAUAAUGCCCCAUUGGUUAUCCAGGGUAAUUCAGUAUUUCCAUACGAGAAGUUUUUUGAGGUUUCCAAUCGUCCGGCAGCGUCUAACCUUGAAAAGACUCCUGUUACUCCUCAACGGGGGAUGGGCGAGAUGGAGUCUCCUGAUAUGUAUGGAAUUAACAUCGCAACACCAUCCAGUGGGGGUCAUAAUCCGGUUGAGGCGGAUAAACAGCAGCAUGACACAACUGAUGACAUUGUAAUGGUCGAUGUCAAAGAUGAUGCUUACGGUGUUCUGCUUCAUGAUUCGGCACUCCAACUCGUUCAGGGCAGUGUUGAUCAGGGUGAAACUGCUGUCAGCAAGCCUGCAAUUGUGGGUCUACUUCUCAAACCACCCACACAUGGCACUCGUCAAUUGCUUCGACUUCAAGUGUCGAUGGUCCAUAGCCCAACCUCGGCACCAAUGAUGAUGAAAUCACUUCUCGUGCAAUAUCGUCGUUUGGCGACGCUGGGCGAAGCUACGGGUGUCAGCUGUAACUCGACGGUGGUUCCUUGGCAUGUUGAUGCUUGCACAAAAAUGCUUCAGUUCCUAAACCACAUAGAGUAA